GUCUGAAGAUCCGGGGAAGUGGGAAGAAACGCGGAAGUGAAGUUAGCAAACAACAGCAGGUAAAAUACGAGCUAACCUGCACCAGGGAGUGUGAGUCGCUCUGUGUCACACUGUUCACCUAACGUUAUAACAACAUGCCCGAAAGACAAAAACCCAGGAUUCAAGCCAUCGGCACCAGCGCCAGUGAUGGGCUGGAGGGGUUCAAGGCCCACGCUGUGUUCCAGGAAAUCGACAAGAAGCUUCAGGAGGAGGGGGAUCAGUUUGUGAAGAAGAUAGGGGGAGUGUUUGCCUUUAAAGUGAAGGACGGGCCGGAUGGACAGGAGGCAACGUGGUUUGUGGACGUGAAGAACGGCAAAGGCUGUGUUCACAAUGAUACGGCUAAGAAAGCAGACUGCACCAUUUCCAUUACGGACACGGAUUUGUUGGCUUUGAUGACGGGAAAGAUGAACCCACAGACUGCGUUUUUCCAGGGCAAGCUGAAGAUCACGGGAAAUAUGGGACUGGCCAUGAAGCUGCAGAGCCUGCAGCUGCAGCCCGGCAAAGCCAAGCUGUAGACGAGACCUAGCCGCCGCCGGAUAGAGUGAACCACAAAGAAUUUAACAGCAAGUCAGGUUUCAGAUGAAAUGUCACAGGGUCGCGACCCUUCUCAUCACUGGACCGGACUAGUGACCUCACUGACGACCAGGGGAUUAGUAGCCCCGCCAAUCUUAAGUGGCGAAUAACAUAGAUGGAUACUUAAUUCUCUAAUAAAGUCCCCGUCUGCAGCCCCUCCCUACGAUAACACUGUCAGAACACUAGAGCAGAGACAGGUGCUCCUAUACUUUGUGAUACUAAUUCAGUCAUGUGUCCACUUUUCAAUAAUUGUUAAUCAAAUCUUUUGGAAAUGUUUUGAGAAAAGAGCAGAGUGAGGAUUUUCCGUAAUCGUGGACCGUCUACAGUAAGUGCCUCCUCGUCUCAGAUUUGCAGAUUUGCAGUCAGCAGCCAUCACAUCGCAGAAAUGUUUUUCUCUGUGGCUGCCCGACUUUUAAUGGAAGUGGGCUUGUACGUUUUCGCUGUGGUAUCAUUAUUGUACGACUCUCUGAAGUAUUUCUAAUAAAUAAAGUGUGUCUGUGCAGGAAGA